GGCCCUGCGAAACGGCUCGCCUUGUUUCCUCCAGAAGCUGGCUGGCCCACGACAACAAGGUUCUCCCACGCCGGUCCGCGACAAUCCGCAAAGUAUUGUUUGCUCGAAAGGUGAGUCUGCUUGUCUCCUGCUCGUGUCCUCCUCAAUCGGCCUUUCCGGACAGAGCCUGUUGCAGUCUCAGUUCUUCCGCAAUCAAAGUAGUGUCCCGCCGCACGGCCGUCGCAGCUCCCAACUUGCUCACACUCCUCGUCGGCCGUCCAGGAAGAACCAAAUCAGGCUCGACAUCGAGUUGAGCUUGCCCAUCAUGCGUUUCGGCAAGACGCUGCAGCAAUCGAUCCACCCGCCGUGGAAGGAGCACUACCUCGACUAUUCAAAGCUCAAGCGCCUCCUCCGCGACGAUGCCCGUGGCGACGACGACGACAAGGCGUGGACCGAAGACGACGAGAAGCGCUUCUCGAGCGAGCUGCUCAACGUAGAGCUGGACAAGGUCGCCCAGUUCCAGGCCAAGACCAUCGCCGCCCUCGAGCAGCAGGCCGAGGAUGCCUUCUCCAAGCUGCGCGAGCUCGCGCCCUCGAGUCCCAGCCAGAAGAGUGACAUCACCACCGGCCGCCUCAAGGAGCUCCGCAAGGAGCUCGACAGCAUCACCAACGAGCUUAAAGAGCUCAAGCGCUAUGCCAGCACAAACUACACGGGCUUCCUCAAGAUCGCAAAGAAGCACGACCGCCGCCGCGGCGACCGCUACAAGAUCCGCCCCAUGAUCCGUGUCUCCCUCUCUCAGCACGGCUUCAAUUCGGAGGCCUCGUAUACUCCGCUCCUCAACAAGCUGUCCAUGAUGUACUUUGUCGUCAACCAGCACCUUGACGAGAGCGAGCAGCAGGCGCAGCCGGUCGACCUACGCAUGCCCGAGGAGGUCCGUCACGGCGAACGGUAUACAGCUCACAAGUUCUGGGUCCAUCCCGAUAACCUGCUCGAAGUCAAGACCGCCGUUCUCCGCCACCUUCCCGCACUUCACUACUCCCAACAGGAUGCCAAACAGCUCGAUGGAGGCGAGGACCUGGCCACGACCUCGAUCUACUUUGACAACCACCAGUUCGAGCUGUACAGCCAAAAGGUCGAGCGCCAGUUCAAUGCGGCCUCGCUUCGACUCCGCUGGUACGGCCAGCUGGCUGACAAGCCCGACAUCGUCAUUGAGAAAAAGAUGGUGCACGAGAACGGCAGCAGCGAGGAGAAGCGCUUCAAGAUCAAGGACAAGUGGAUCAUGCCUUUGAUCACUGGCGAGUACAAGAUGGAGCGGACGAUCCAGAAGAUGGAGCGCCAGGGCCAGCCUGCCGAGUCCAUCAAGGAGUUCAAGGACACGGUCGAGGAGAUUCAGGCCUUCAUCCAGGAGUUCAAGCUUGAGCCGGUUAUGCGUGCCAAUUACACCCGCACUGCGUUUCAGAAGCCCGCGGAUGAUCGCGUCAGGAUUCUGAUUGACAACGACACCGCCUUCAUCCGCGAAGACACCCUAAAUCAGGAUCGGCCCUGCCGUGAGCCAGACGACUGGCACCGGCGGGAUAUAGAUAGCGCCCAGAUGACGUUCCCCUUCCGCAACAUGAACCAGAGCGAGGUCUCACGGUUCCCGUUCGCGUUGAUGGAGAUCAAGAUUAGGGAAGAUGAGGGCAAGAGACGGCCUGGGUGGAUCGAAGAUCUUAUGGCCUCCCACCUCGUGCACGCAGCGCCGACCUUCUCCAAGUUUGUGCACGGCGUGGCUUCAUUAUUCGAAGAUUACGUCAAUAACCUGCCCUUCUGGCUCGGCGACCUCGAGACCGACAUUCGCAAAGACCCGCAAGCCGCGCAUGACAAAGAGGAACAGCGCAAGGCCCAGCAGGCAGAGACGGAGCAGGUCGUGGGAAGUUUCCUUGGCAAGAGCGCUAAGCGCUCCUCCUACAAGCCGUCUGCAUCGUCGCCAGUAGCUAGGUCCUACUUGUCCGAGCGCUUGGCCGCCGAGCCUGCCGUGUCUGAUUCGAGGACCCUGGACGGCGGCGCUGGGGAUGACGAGACUGAUGAGGCUGAGGAAACGGAAACUCGUGGCGGGUACGGGACACUGACCAACAUCUUCCCGACUUUCUCGCUGUCCAGGUACGCACGCGCUAAGCGGCAGCAGGCGCAGUUGCCCGAAGGAGUCGCGAAGCCGACAUACCUGAUCAAGAACGCUGGACCGCUGCAGGUUGAGCCCAAGGUCUGGCUGGCGAAUGAGCGCACGUUCCUCAAGUGGCAGCACAUCUGCGUCCUACUCGGCAGCCUGGCUGUUGGCCUGUACACGGCGGCUGGCGAGAACUUUGUGGCCGAGUGCAUGGGCAUUGCGUACAUCAUCAUUGCCAUCCUCGCCGGCGUGUGGGGAUUCUCCAUGUUCAAGGUCCGCCAGCAGAUGAUUGUGGAACGCAGCGGCAAGGACUUUGACAACAUGAUUGGCCCAUUGGCUGUCAGCAUUGCCUUGAUGAUCGCCCUGAUUUUGAAUUUCGUACUUGCUCUCAACCAAGCCCUUAAUGCUCCGGACGAGCCGUCCCAACCUGUCACACCGAACGUGACUCUCGGAUAUGUUGGCGAGCUCUGAUGUCCCUCUCGAUGGUGAAGCUCGCAAUCUUUCAUGCGCAGUAUCAAACGGUGUGCAAAUAGUCAGAUUGAUCGGUGGGCGUUCCGUCGAAGGCAUGGUCGGACGUUCACCAGUAACAGAAAUACAGCCGUGUGGAUUGAGUUGCACCAGCUUGGAAACCACCAAGCAGCGCCAAGAAUUGUGUAUAUAUAUCUAUAUGUAUUUGCGAAGCAUUGUUCCGUGCCGCAAAAACGUUAUGCCAUUAACCCACGCGGAGGGGGAGACUCCAUGGUUUAUAUAUCCUCCACAGAAGAGCGCCAGCAGCCAAGAGAAUACUGUUAUGUUUGCUGCCCAUUUGUGGAGGCAGAUACGCCCAACUCAACAAUUCUCGUGAUCAGUGCUCGCCAGCCGCGACAUAUGGCGCUGCCCAAAUAGCUUGCCAGUCAUAAGGGAUUGGGCGCAGGCACACAUGCACAAUGCAGGAAGUGAGACAUUGUGUCGACAGC